GCGAGAAUACGCACUCAUACCCGACAACCUGUGGGUACAUAGAUGCCAACGGAUAGACGCGUGAGCAAAGAAUGCGUGAGAGCUGUUCUGCCAGUGUACAGCAUUCUGUUGGUAUAUCAUCUCCUGUUCUUUUCUCUUCCAAUCCACAAAGUGUUGCGCACACACCGGGGGAGUGCAUCGCACUGAUUCACUGUUAAUCGCGAAGUCCAUUCCAACGCAGUUCACGCGUCGUGAUGGCAACUUCCGGCCCGUACUCUAGGCCUCCUCCCCCUUCGCGCUCCGCUAUAAACCAACAUACUACCAAACCUACGAAGUCUCCAAGAGGUCAACCUCGACAUGCGCUAGGUGGCCCACGCAGGAUCCUCAGGCGGAUCCGAUCCAUCAUAGAGCACGAUAAUGAUCCGAAGUCGCGACUACGACAAAGCGCUGACGCACACGUGAGUGCUGGUACCAAUGGUGCCGGCUCUCCAACGCUGUACUUGCAUAACAUCGGCGAGAAUGAGGAUAGUCUCUCGAGCGAUUUGCUGCGGUCCAUCUCCAGCGUCUUUGAUCGAGACUCAAGCAACGGCAACGAGACCGGAGGCGAUGCACCAGAUGCAUUCUGGGCUGCUCAGCGACGCGGCGACCAUCAUGCUUACGCGGCACUGGCCAGCACGGACUCUCUGCCUCUGAGUAUCGAUGCAAGUGUGACGACGGCUUCCGACGUCACCGAGAUACAGUCAAUCUACUCCUUGAAUCCUCUGGACGGCGAUGUAUCAGUCAGGGUUGCAGAUCCCUCCCUUCCUCCGGAAUGGUUCCAUGAGGUCAUUCCUGAAGAGCAAGAGGAAAUGGCCGAAGGCGCCUUUGCGGUGAUACAAGUCCCAAAUUGUUAUCUCUACCACGGCACCCAUGGAUACAACGAGCGCAGCCCUGUGUGCUCCAGACAACAGGUGCCGAACCUCUUACCGAGCCACACUGUUGCAGCAUCUUCGAGUCCCUCAUAUCUGAUCGACAAUGGGCUUCAAGGCCUUGCAGAAGACGCGAGCAGACUCUUCGAGUUCCUCGGUGCUGCCCAACAGGUGCCAGAGUCCGGGUCUAGUCAGGACGUCAUACCAUCUCAGGCGUCCACUACUCAAGGAGUCCCCAUGGUCUGCGUAGCUUGUCAACAAGCCGUACAGGAGGAUAGUAUCGUGCGUGUGCGAGACGGUCGCAUCGUACACCUCGAAUGCUGUCUCGACAGUUAUCCUCCGAGCUACUCCUCGACAUGUCCCACAUCCGACAGGCAGAUCAGCUUCUCCGAGCCCUCACCAAUGUGUUCUACCCCAUGCACACCUGCUAGCCUCGAUACGGGUUGGGCGAGGUCCAGCAGCUGGUCUAUCCCGAGCCUUCUGAUUCCGGACGCACGUAACGCAACCAGACCACCCUGGCUACUUUCUACCCAUACAUCACCCCUCACAUCCUAUCUUCCGAGGACGCGACGAGUAGAGGGACCGAAUAUCCGCGAUCCUUACAGCACAGCGCCAUUCGCUUGCUUGGCUCCAAGCGACAUCUCUUUGCCUAUAGAACUCUGGGAGGAAAUCAUCGACUCCCUCCUGGAUGAGCCGGAGGCGCUCUUGGCAUGUGCGUUCGUCUGCAAGGCGUGGUAUGCUCGCUGCCGAAUGCACCUAUCACUGGGAGUGCUCCAGCUGGGUCAUCGCCGCGACGUCGUACGAUUGUCGAGAUACGUUCGGGCCCACCGCGCGUUCGCAAGGCGAGAGUUCGUGACCGUCCAGGGAGAUGCGGGGAGGUCGCUGUCUCACCUGACGGCCUUCAGCGCGCAGUUGGCCGGUAGGAUGCAGCGCCUGGAGUCGUUGUACAUUGAACACGGUGUAUGGCGAACCGGGAUGACGGACGUCGGGUUCUUCACGCGCGUCGCAUCCUUCACGUCCGUCGUUCGGCUCACUUUGAACGACGUAACGUUCCCCUCGACUUCGAUCUUCGCUCAGUUUGUCUGUGCUCUAGAACAACUGGUCGAGCUGUACUGCAUCAACAGCAAGACGAUGAAGAAGCGCACUGGCCAACAGUUGUUUUUGCCCUUGAGGCGAUCUUCGAGGCUGGCCCACUUCACUCUUGUGGGCUCUCAAGUGUACGACAUCAUUGGAUUCUUCAUCGCCAGCGACCUUGCUGCGAAACUCACGGACCUCACCUUGCACGUUGGCUAUGUGGGCUAUCGGCAUUUCAUGCAUCUGGAUGCUGUUGCGUACCGCGAGCUGCUCUGUGCCUGCCGGUCUUUGCGCGCGCUUCACCUGCAAUCUCGCGACGUUGCAUUGCCCAAUACUGUCAGUCCAGAUAAUGUACUAGUACAUUACUUGAAUGCGAGUACGAGGCACAACCUCGAGGCUCUCCAUCUAUCCAUCGAGCCGCACCUAUACGGCGACUACCGCUGCGGAUGGAUGGUCACAUUCCUCUCGCACUUCUGCUCAGGCAGCACCGUCCGGGAACUCGACAUUACAUUCGACAUCCAGGGCGAGACGAACGCGACGGCGCACAAUCUACUCCUCGCCAGACUGAGCGACGAGACGGACAUGUCUUUGCUGGACAGGGUCCUCGCGACGAGGCGGUACGCGGGGCUGGAGAACGUCGAGGUCGUCCUGCGCGUCGGACAUUUGGAAUCUCGACUUGUGAAAUCUCGGGAGGCGCUCUGGGUUGAGCGUGUCGAGGGGCAGCUGCGGAAUGUCCGCCUGCGAGGUAUCCUGACGUGAGUACGCGGACUACGAGCGUGCGGCGCAUACGAACUGAGCUUCCAUGCAUAGCGUACGGGUGAAGACGUAGUCGCUGAGGACGAACGCGGUCAAGAACGGACUACUCCGCAAUAGGUGCAGGACCGACACACUUCGCCAUCAGCACUGUAGGCUGUGGGCACAACAGGCGGGUCUCCUUGUACACCUGUAUGCAUCAGCCACCUUCUCCUGGAGAUGCAUCCCUAUCAAACGGUAGCUCAAUGUGUAUGAUGUCCGUGAUGGUACUGCCAGAGCAUUAUAUGAGCGUAUAGGCAUAGCGACAUGAAGGGACUGGAAUAUAACAUAGAGUUCCAAGAUUCAACCGC